CUUUCGGCAAAGGGAAAAAGACUCGAGAGUCAGUCAGCACUGUGAAUGGGACAGACAAUUAAGGACAUUAAAAACGUAGGAGCCAGGUAAACCUCACCUCAUCGAAGUAUAUAAGGAACAAGGCCAGUCGAGAUAAUAAGAUGCUCCCUCAGAAGAGUCCUGUCAUCACGUUGGGCUAUGGCUCAGACUGUGUGAAGAUUGAGCAAGGCAGCAGUGGCUCAGUGGGUGGGACAUUGCUGAGGGGCUCCCGUUCGAGGGCAGAGCUGCAGGAGCUGAUGGAGACACUGCAGCACAGGAAGAGUGCAUUGGAAGCCAGUUUAAGGGCAGCUGAAUGCAGCCGCAACUACCUCAGUGCACCGCCACCUGUCGGGCCCCUGUCCACCAGGCAACACCUGCAAGGUCCCCUCUCAAUCCUCAGCAACGCCGAUCGCCCUCCAUCCGCCACCAGAACGUUCUCCUACAUGACCAGCAGCAGCGUGCCUCCUUCGCCUCGCCAAGGGGAACGCCCGAUUAGCCAUGUUCACUCCCGCCACCAGUCACAAGAUAACCUGCUCCUCUCCAGCUUAUCGGAUGGCAGCUCGCUGCUCUCCACAUAUGGAGACCACUUGCCUCGUUCACCCAGGGUGAAAAGCGGAGCAGCCAGCAUGCCCUCCAGUCCUCGCAUGACGCGCAGGAUUUACUCUCAGGGCAGAACGGGAGAUUCACGUCAGAGGAAGUACUCCACUGGAUCCCUCAAUGGCCUGAGCACACACAGCCGGUCCCUGCCGCGCCUCCACCGGGUAGCCGACACGCCCGCGCUCUCAUUGCCCACGCGGCAUUCGAUGGGUUCCCAGAGAGGAGAGCGGAUAGUAGUGCCACGGCGUAGCCUGUCCUCUCUUGAGCAACCACCGGAUGUGACUGUACCAGCCAGUGUGCCCAGUACCCCCAAAAGGGCCAGUCUGGCCUCUCUGUCCUCUCUGGGCUUUGAGAUGGAGUGUGAGGGUCUCAGAGACUCCUCCACAUGUUUAGACUUGGGCUUGGGAGAGAGGAGGUUGUCCUUUGGCAAGGGUGGUCUGGGACCAGGCCAGAGGAUGGGCAGCAUUAGCUCUCUGAAUGGGAAAGAGGAACUGAGAGACUACCACCAGCACCAGAGAGAUGAGAGACUGAGGGAGCAGAAAGUGCAGAGACUGGAGUGCCAGCGUCUGGAGACCAUUUUGAACCUGUGCACUGAGCUUGGCCAGGUGGAGCGAGAGCCGGUGGGCUCAGCCGUGUCAGACCUUCAGAAGAUUAACAAGGAGUUGGAGAAGUUACAAGUCUCGGAUGAUGACUCUGUGUUUUCGGAAUCUCCCAGCAGCACGGCUCCAGAGAGCUGCUUUGGGGCCAAAGCCAGGGACUAUCAACUUGCAGAGGAGCAGCGGGUCUGCCAGCGUCAGCAGAUUGGCUAUAGGGAUGCAAGGUCCCAGUCACCUGCCAUCAGCCUGCACAGUAGUGCCCCUUCACCUUCCUCCCAUCACAGAACCAAAGCCUUAGAGAACUUGCAGCUGAAACAGGAAGUGACGCAUAUCGAGGAGGAGAGGAUUCAGGUUCUGAACAAUAUUGAUGAGCUGGAGCAGAAGAUCAAAGACCUAGACAACCAGAUGGAAGAGUCCAUUAGAGAGAUGGAAGUGGAGUGUGCUUUGCUGGAGGGCGAACAGGACUCUGAGAUGGCCCAGCUGCAGAAGGAGAAGGAGAUUCUGGACCAGCUCAAUGAAAAGAUUCACAGCAUCGACAAGAAAAGCCUCAUUGACAAGUCAUUGGAAGCUGAAAUGCAGACAAAGUCUAUUGAGGACCUGGAGUUCCAGCGGCUGGAGAGAGAGAUUCAUCAGGAUGAGGUGAAGGAGAAUCAGACACAGCAGCUACUCAGAGAGAUAGCCGAGUACCAACGCAGCACUGUCACCCGCAAGGAAAGAAUCAUGACCCUGAAAAAACAAUCAACGCAGAUCACCCUCCAGGCUCAGCAAGAGAGAGAGAAUUUCCAGAAAGAGAAAAACAAUUUGCUCCUUAUGCUUCAGAAGGAAAAGGAGAAUCUGGUGUCCUUGGAAGGGAAGUAUGCCGAGUUGUCAGGUGGCCAAGCCUUAGCUGACAGCCCUGCAUCCAUUAAAGAGCAUUUGCACUCUUUGAAAGAAAAGAGAAGGGGCAGCAAAGAGAACUCGUCCCAUCCAAGUGACGGUCUACCUCCCAAGAGGAGCCAGCAGCUCCUCAGUCCUUACAGCAGAUCCUUGGGACGUAGUCUGCCCCCAAAGUCCCAUCUGCCGCUGACCCAAACCUCCAGCUGUGGAAGUGUCAUCCCACAAGGCUUCUCCAUCUCCUCCAGGGACCUGAGCUCCCGUCGCUUGCUCAAGACAGGCAAUAACCAUGUGCAAAUGAAUGAGGACAGACAGAGACGGAGCGACUUCUGCAGCAGGGCAGUCUCUGAGUCCAACGUCUUCCUGGACCCUUUCUCCUACACAGACAACAGCCACACCUCAGACACGGUCAGUGUGGACAGCUCCGACAGCCUGGAGACCAGCUUCUCUGCUUGCUCCCCGGACAACAUCUCCAGUGCCAGUACAUCCAAUAUGGCAAAGAUUGAGGAGAUGGAGCGUUUGCUACGAGAGGCCCAUGUUGAGAAGCAGAGGCUCCUACAACACAGGGAACGUGAGAUGGAGGCGCGCAGGCUGGCACUGGAGGAGGAGCGAAGAAGGAGGGAGGACCUGGAGAAACGUCUGCAGGAAGAGACAAACAGGAGGCAGAAACUCAUUGAGCGAGAGGUGAAACUACGGGAGAAACAAAGAUCACAGUCCCGGCUGUUGACACGCUACCUCCCCGUUAGGAAAGACGACUUUGAUCUCCACGGCCAUAUCGAAGCCGCCGGGCACAACCCAGACGCCUGCUUCCACUUGGCCAUCACCGAUAAGACCUGUCGAGGAUUUUUGGUCAAAAUGGGCGGCAAGAUCAAAACCUGGAAGAAACGCUGGUUUGUCUUUGAUCAGAAUCGUAGGACCCUGACCUACUACGCAGACAAACAUGAGACCAAGAUGAAAGGAGUCAUAUACUUCCAAGCCAUAGAAGAGGUUUACUAUGACCAUUUAAAGAAUGCACACAAAAGCCCCAACCCUUCACUGACGUUCAGCGUCAAGACCCAUGAUCGAGUCUACUACAUGGUGGCUCCUUCUCCUGAGGCCAUGCGCAUAUGGAUGGAUGUCAUUGUUACCGGUGCUGAAGGACACAUGCAUUUCAUGGUGUAACACCCCCCCCCCAUUGGCAUAUUAGACACCUGUGCAGACCACACUCAUGACUCAGUGUUGUCUUUGGGAAAUAUGUCUUCCCAACCAAUCAGUGGGGUAGAAACCAGACAACAUGUAGAUCCGAAGUGGAUCCUCCUCAGGCCAAUAGGAAGUGUACUCAUCCACAGAUAUAGACGGUGUGUACUCCAAAUAACAGCACCAUGGUGCCGAGUAAAAAAAGAGGCACGUCAACACAUAAUAAACUACAAUAGAUUAUAAGGCUGCACAUAUAUAUACCUGUUUCUGAAAUAUCAGCACAUCCAAACAAAAGCUAUAGCCAUCACCUUUUCCAGCUGACUCCCUCCCAAGCUCUUUAUCGCUAAUCAACAUGUCAAAACUUCUUAAACCAGCCAGUGGUGUCUCUGAUGACAAGUCUGUGA